GGGGAGGGCGAGUUGGGGGCAGAAGACAUGGAGGUCCUUCAGAGUGUCCAGCUGCUGUUUGUCUCUCUGAUGAUGAUGAUGAUGAAUGAGCUGAAGAUAUCAGCUGCUGCUCAGAACUUUUGCUCUAACUCCACGGUGAUCCGCACUCGGACGCCGUGCCACUCCUGCAUCGUCAGCCAGAUCAUCGCAUGCCCAUCGGGAUUCAAACCCACCUCCAGAUCCGCAGCCAGGGACUGCAAGUACUAUGUCAAGACUCCCAGCAUGAACCUGUCACUCAGCGGCUGCUCCUUUGAGUGCUACAGGGAGGUAGAGGUGAACAACUGCUGUCCAGGUUACUGGGGCCCCGACUGCAUCGAGUGUCCUGAUCAGGCCGCCACACCCUGCAACGGCAGAGGAGUCUGCUCCGAUGGACUGGGAGGGAACGGGACCUGCAGCUGCCAGGAGGGCUUUGCAGGAACUGCCUGUGAGGACUGUGUACCUGGUCGAUACGGCCCCACCUGUAGCUCAGUCUGCUCCUGUGUCCAUGGUCUCUGUGGGUCUGGACUAACAGGUGACGGUCAAUGCACCUGUUUCUCUGGGUACAAAGGUCCCUCCUGUGACCAAGAGUUACCUGAGUGUGCGGCUCUCAGCUGUCAGCAGAACUCUCGCUGUAUGGAAGAAGCUCUGACGGGACGGUUAGUGUGUCAGUGUAUGCCCGGCUACCAGAAAUCAGGAGCUCAAUGUUUGUCCAUAAAUCCAUGUCUCCGGGGGGUCUGUCAUGCUCAUGCCUCCUGUGUCCACACCGGUCCAAACCAACACCUGUGUACCUGCAAUGAGGGCUACAGCGGGGACGGGCGGGUCUGCGUGGCUAUCGACCCGUGUCAGACCAAUCACGGCAACUGCUCCCCUGAAUCUGCCCGCUGUGUCUACGAUGGACCGGGACAGUCUCACUGUGAGUGUCUUCUUGGCUUUGACAAUCUGUCGGGUGGCGGUUGCAGCCUCAGGGACUCCUGCACACCUGAUUCCUGCCACAGAAAUGCUAACUGCACCACCACGGGACCUGGACAAGUUGAGUGCACCUGUCUCCAGGGUUACUUUGGUAACGGUAAAGUCUGUAUUGGGAACAUUAUGGAGCAUCUGAACGACCUGAACACUAAACCCGGAGGACAAUGGACGGGUCAGCUGAGCAACGCCAUCACGUUGUUUGGUUCUUUGGCGUGGCCUCUGCAGAAUUUGGGUCCAUUCACUGUUUUCAUCCCGAUCAAUAAAGGCUUCAGGGGAACGCCGGUGAGGACUCUGACAGCGGACUUGUUCAAAGCUAAAUACCUGUGUAAGAUGCACCUGGUUGCUGGGAUGAUGCCAUUUGACACUUUGAAGAAAACUGAUGUUUUCUACACAGUGACAGGAAAAUCAGCAGAGACAGACACAUCAGAAGGGGACACUCAAACCAAAAUCCGUAUCCAUGGCAGCAAGAAGAAAGCUGUAAUCAUCCAGUCUAACAUUGUUGCAUCUAAUGGGAUAAUCCAUAUUAUCAAUAAGCUGAUGGAGAGUGUGUCUCCUACCGUGGAAAGCAACACAGAGGAGAACCUGAUGAAGAUUGUUUCUGAUUAUGGCAAAUUUCAGACAUUCAGGAGUUUGUUACAGGAAACAACCCUGGCAUCUGUCCUGGACCAGCCUGGGCCAAUCACUGUGUUUGCACCUACCACUGCAGCAUUUGAUGCAAUGAUAGAAGAGCACCUGCAGUACCUCAGAAGUCCUAAUGGUCACACCAAACUGGUGGAGUUUCUCAGGAACCACAUUGUCCCUGCGACUGCGCUGGAGGUCUACAAUGCUGUGUCAAGUCCUAGAAUUGUAACAAUGGCCAAUCAGAUUCUGACGAUCAGCGUGAUAGAAAAUGGUCAGAUUCUGGUUAAUGGAGCAGCGGUGUUGGAGGCAGCUGUGGAGGCAAAAAACGGACGUCUCUACGUGAUAGAUGGAGUUUUGACUCCACCCUCCAUCGAACCUGUGCUGCCUAAUAGAUGUGACAUCACAGAGACGAAAGUCAUUGUGGGUGAGUGUGUCGCAUGCUCAAGUCACCUGUUGCCCCGGUGCUCUUCUGGAGUUUUUACAGGCUCCUCCACUUUUGGAUGUUCUUACAUGCUCUCCAUGGGUAAGGCACCCAUUAACAUCUCAGUGAAAGGCUGUGCUCCACACUGCAACUCAACAGUUACGACUCCAGCAUGCUGUAAAGGUUUCUACGGUCCAGACUGCAGACCGUGUCCAGGUGGAUACCAGACGCCCUGCUCCAGACACGGUCAGUGUUUGGAAGGGGUUACAGGAAAUGGAACAUGUAUCUGCGAACCAAACUUUAGUGGCUCACGCUGUCAGUACUGCACCUCCUCCAACAAAUUUGGACCAAACUGUGACAGAACCUGCCCCUGUAUCCACGGACAGUGUGAUAACCGUCCGGACUCAGACGGUCGGUGUAAAGUGGACUCGUGUAUGCAGAGUUACACCGGUCCUUUAUGCGAUCGACGGACAGCCGCCUGUGGCGUUCAGGCUCAGUUCUGUCACGCACAUGCUGACUGUGACUUCAGCCAGGGAACAGUCAGGUGUGUUUGCAAAUCUGGUUUCCAUGGUGAUGGCAUCACCUGUGUCGAGUCAGACCCGUGUGCUCCACCUCUCCGAGGCGGCUUGCAGUUUGAAUGUAAGUCUCCAGCUAAAUGUAUAAAGACAGGCCCUGGGACUCACAUCUGUCAGUGUCUGACUGGAUGGAGAGAGGAUGGAGACGAGUGUCAACUCAACAACUGCAACAGUCCUGACAGAGGUGGCUGCCACCCCAAUGCCACCUGCAUCUAUGUGGGACCGGGACAGAGUGACUGCACAUGUAAGGCUGGCUACAAAGGCAACGGGCAGGUCUGCGAGGCUGUGAACCAGUGUGUGUCUGCAGAUGGAGGCUGUCACUACUUUGCCAGCUGCCGCCUGCUGUCAUCUCAGUGGAUGUGUGUCUGUGAUGAAGGAUAUGUUGGAAAUGGACAGAUGUGUUACGGCACAGUUGAACAGGAGCUGAGGGUUCUGCCUGAGGCUUCAGACUUCUUCACGUGGACAACUGACUCCGGUCUGUCUCAGUCUCUGUCCGAUCAGAACGUCACCCUCCUGGUUCCAUCCUCAGAGGCCAUCAGCAAAAUGUCCCCAGAAGAAAAAAACUUCUGGACCUCGAAGGGAAAUCUGCCAAGUCUCAUCAGAAAUCACAUGAUCCUCGGUAACUACCCCAUAUCCAGCCUGAGCAACUCUUCGUCUGUGACCUCCCUUCUUGGAACAACACUUCCUGUUUCAACUAACGAUGAGAUCACAUCUAUUGGUGGAGCUCCCAUCAGCACUUCAAACAUUGCAGCUACGAAUGGACUGAUCCAUCUCAUCAGUAAGGUUUUGGUUCCUAACAGAGCGCUGAGUGAAGGUCUGCUGGCCACGCUCGCUCUCAGGCCUGAGUUCUCGCUCUUCAGAUCAUAUCUCAUCGAUUACAACCUGACCAAUGAGAUUGAACAGGCCAACGAGUUCACCAUCUUUGCUCCAACCGAUGCCGCCAUCAUGGAGUACCUGAAGAAAAUGGCAGCAACUGCCCUGGAUGUGAAUACGACUCGUUACCACACGGUGGUGUCACAGCGUCUGUUAAAGACCGACCUGCAGCUUGGAGGUUACAAAGAGACGAUGCUCGGUUUCUCCUUCCAGAUCGGCAUCUUCCCACGAGACGGAAAGCUGUUUGUGAAUGAUGCCCAGAUAAACUCCUCCAGCAUCCUGAGCAGUAAAGGAGUGAUUCACGGCCUGUCAGCUGUUCUUCAGAUUAACAGAAACCGCUGUGAUGAGCUCAAGUACGAGAAAGUUAUGGGGAACUGUGUCGCCUGUUUAUUCCACCAAAACAAAAUCUGCCCUAAUGACACCAUCCCAGAUAAGUCGGUGAGGAGAACAAGGAAAUGCAUGUUCAGCCGGAUCUUUGAGGGGGAGCGGCUGCUGAACAUCGGCUGCAGAGCCACCUGCCUCCAGAAGAAGAUCGAGCGGCGGUGCUGUGGAGGCUUUUUUGGGGAGCACUGUGAGGCAUGUCCCGGUCCGAAGGGCCAGCCCUGCUUCGGUAACGGAGCAUGUUCGGAUGGGACAAACGGAACCGGAGUGUGUCGGUGUAACGAAGGCUUCAACGGGACGGCCUGCGAAACCUGCCAGAGCGGCAAAUAUGGAGUUCACUGUGACCAAGAGUGUGAAUGUAAAAAUGGACGCUGUAGCGAGGGCCUGAAAGGUGACGGGACCUGCGAGUGUGAGAUAGGCUGGAGAGGAAUCCACUGUGACCAAAAGAUAGAAGCCAAAGCUGAUGAAGUGUGUGGCUCGGUGAAAUGUCACAGCAGUGCAAACUGUGUGACCAGACCGUCCGGCCCUCAGUGCCUCUGUGCUGCCGGCUUUAAGGGAAACGGGACUUUCUGUCAAGCCGUAGAUCCGUGCUCGGUGGAUAACGGCGGCUGCAGUCUGUAUGCGGUCUGUAAGAGGACUCAACCCGGCCGCAGAGACUGCGUCUGUAACAGCGGCUACUCAGGCGAUGGACUCGUGUGUGUUGAGAUCAAUCCCUGCCUGGAAGGAAACGGGGGUUGCCAUGCCAACGCAGACUGCAUUCAUGUGGGACCAAACAAAACUUCCUGUGUCUGCAGGGAAUUUUACUCUGGAGAUGGACAGAACUGCAACAUCAUCAACUUGUGCCGAAAGAACAAUGGCGGCUGUCACCGGUCUGCCCGGUGCAACAUGACAGGUCCGGGUGUUCGCAGCUGCAUGUGCAAGCAAGAUUUCAUUGGAGAUGGCAUCACCUGCAAAGGCACUGUGGCGAGGGAAAUAGAGAGGAAUCGAUUCACAGACUUUUACUUUGGCCUGAUGAUGGUGGAGAUUUCCCUGCACGGCCGUGGCCCAUUCACUGUCUUUGUUCCAAACCCCGAGGCCUUCAGGACCAACACUUCCCGUCAGAUGAGACAGAUGUCAAGAUACAGAGAACAAUACGCUGACGUCCUGCGCAGCCACAUCAUCAUGUGCCACACUCUGCUGCCCGCUGACCUGAGCCGACCGCGAAACCUCACGUCCCUGUCCGGACUUGUGCUGACCACUGGCUUCACCCAGGGCUCAAUCUUCAUCAACCAGGCAAACGUGACAAAGAGCGAUGACCUCAGCAUUAAUGGGAUCAUCCAUGAAAUCAGCAGGAUUCUGUAUCCUCCAGACAUGGACAAAGAAAAAUUCAUACUCAUCCCUGAUUCCCCUCAGCUGAACCUGACUGACGUGGCUGCACGUCAUGGUUAUCGAACCUUCUACAAACUGCUGGAGGACACAGGUGUAAUGGACCUGGUGAAUGAUGUCGCGUACCAGCCAGUGACGGUCUUCCUGCCCUCAGACGGUGUUCUGGCAUCUCUGCCGCAGGAACAGAAGGCCUUCCUGUUCCACCAACGCAAUCGAGCCCAGCUGGUGGAGUACCUGAAGUAUCACAUCCUGCAGGGCCAGAAGGUUUACGCUGAAGGAUUGAUCUACCUGGACUCGGCUCGCACUCUGCAGGGUUCACCGCUCUCCUUCUCCUGCGGAGGGACAGACAGCAUUGGAGAAAUCUUCAUCAAUGAUGGAAAGUGUCGGAUCGUUCGGCGACACCUCAUCUUCAAAGCGGGGAUCGCCUACGGCAUCAACUGCCUGCUGACUCCUCCCAGCCUCGGAGGACGCUGUGAUGAGCAACAAACCUUUGACCUUCCGGCAAACUGUGGAGCGUGCAGCUCUUCUGCCACUCGCUGUCCUGCAGGAGCCAUCAGGAAGGAGGUUCAGAAGUGCGACCUGCCCACCAUUCACUUUGCCAAAAACACCGGCUGCCGCCCCGUCUGCACCAUCACCAUCUGGCAGCCAAAGUGUUGCCGUGGUUACUAUGGCCGAGACUGUCUGGUCUGUCCGGGGGGAGUCGGCUCUCUCUGCAAUAACCGUGGGAAAUGUGAUGACGGUCACCUUGGUAACGGCACCUGUACCUGCGAUGCCGGUUUCAGAGGCACGGCCUGUGAGCUGUGCAGUGAUGGAUUCUAUGGACCCACCUGUAAAGCCUGUAACUGCUCAGAGCAUGGCUCAUGUGAUGACGGAUGGAGAGGUACGGGUUUGUGCUUCUGUGAGGCUGGAUGGACCGGAGACCGGUGUGACAUCCAGCAGACUGAGGUGCCUCAGUGUUCUCCACCCUGCUCUCCAAAAGCUGUCUGUAAGGAAAACAACACCUGUGUGUGCCGGCCCUUUCAUGAGGGAGAUGGAUUCACCUGCACAGUGGUAGACGUCUGUCAGAUCUGGAAUGGUGGCUGUGCUAAAGGGGCCAAAUGCUCACAGAAAGGAGGGAAGGUGAGCUGCACCUGUCCCAAAGGUCACACUGGAGAUGGGUUCACCUGCCUGCCCAUUGACCCCUGUGCAUCUGGAGACAACGGAGGCUGCCACGAACACGCCACCUGCACCAUGACGGCUCCGGGGAGGAGGAAGUGCAGCUGUAAGGACAACUACAUCGGAGACGGAGUGACCUGUGAGGUCAAACAGCUGCCCAUCAGCCGCUGUCUGCAAAACAACGGCCAGUGUCACCUGGACGCCAAAUGCACCGACCUCCACUUUGAAGAUGCAAUGCUUGGUGUGUUCCACUAUCGUUCCAAGAAAGGUCAGUACAAACUGAACUACACGGCAGCUCAGCAGGCUUGCGCUGCAGAGGAAGGCCGCUUGGCCACAUACACUCAGCUAGCCUAUGCUCAGCAGGGCGGGCUGAACAUGUGUGCUGCCGGCUGGUUGGACCAGGCCCGGGUGGCGUACCCCACCACCUACUCCAACCCCAACUGCGGCUUUGGACACGUGGGCAUCGUGGACUACGGCAUCCGCAAAAACCUGAGCGAGACCUGGGACACCUUCUGUUACAGGUUGAAGGAGGUGAAGUGUGAGUGUAAAGCAGGUUAUGUUGGGGACGGAUUCAGCUGCACUGGAAACCUGCUGCAGGUCCUGAGAUCCACACCGACCUUCUCAAACUUCCUCACUCAAAUUCUGAACUGCUCCCUGGCGUCUGAGUCGGGGAAGCAGUUUGUGCAGCGUCUCAGUAACCUGACGGUGCAGUCCACUCUGUUCGUACCUGACAACAGUGGCCUGCCUGGCAACCAGACUCUGUCUCUGAGGGACAUCGAGUUCCACCUGUCGGAGGGUCGGGCUUUCCCUCUGAGCCAGCUGAAGAAUGGCAGUCGCAUCAGAACUCGAGUCGGCAGUCUGACCGUCCUCGGAGUCGCUGACCAGCUCAAUCCCUCGGCUCUGUCUUCCCGUUACAUCAAUGACCGUUUUGUCACUGACUCGGACAUCCUGGCUGCAAACGGCAUCAUCCACGUUCUCCAGGCGCCUCUGAAAGCCCCGUCUCCUCAUCCACAGAUGCAUGCGGCACACAAAGCGGGGAUGGGUAUCGGCGUGGUGCUGCUGAUGGCUUUGAUGGGUGGAGCCAUUUUCGUGGGGUACCGCUUCUACAGCCACAGCACUAAACCCUUCCAGUUCCACUACUUCAAGGAGGAUGACGGGGAGGAAGAAGCUCCACCUGCAAACUGCAGCCGCAGCAUCUGUAACCCGGUUUAUGAAGCGGCUCCCGAAGCUGCCGAGUCUGGCGAGCCUGCAGUCACAGUGGACGACAAACAUGAGGUGGAGAAUGCAGGUAGUUACGACCUGCUGCAGAUCAGCUGAGAGGGAGGUUCCUGCUGGAACCCUCAGUGAUGUUUAUAUACCUCUGUGGACUCAAAGGUCUGCAGCCAGCUUCAGUUCCUGUGCCGCUGAGUCCCGUUUCAGGCUUUUCUUUGUGAGGACUGAAAGACUCCUUCACCUCUUGGUGCAGAGAAAGGCUCCCAAACAUCCCCACCAGAGACAGAACGCAGUUUUCCACUUCCUCACAUUUAUCAAAUGAUUCUUGUCUAAAUACAUUUUACUGCAAAAUGUUUCAAUGAACAGAUAUUAAACACCCCAUGAAUGAAUAAUAAAGCCAAACUGA